CUGUGCUCUGGCAGGUAUGACUGUAAAGACACAUUUCUUUGGAGACUGCUCAAGGCACCGCGCUUCUUGACGCACGAACGGGUUUUACGCACAGAAGUCUUUUGUUUGUUUUUUUUAGACUGAACCGUGGUGCUGACCUCUGUAAGGAUGAAGUUAGAGGUGUUGUGUGGGAGUCAUGACAUGAAACAUUUGGGACUGAUCGGUGGUGCAGAAGGGAAGUCUUCCUCUGCCGAGGAGGAGCUGGGGUCGGAUGGAGACUGCGUGGCGCACAGCCCCUCGCCUCCCGCUACUCCGUGUGGGAACAGCAAGUCCAAGCCGUACACACGGAGACCCAAGCCCCCGCUUUCGUACAUCGCUCUCAUCGCCAUGGCCAUCCGGGACUCCCCCUCGGGACGCUUGACUUUGGCGGAGAUCAACGACUACCUGAUGAAGAAGUUUCCCUUCUUCAGGGGCAGCUACACCGGCUGGAGGAACUCGGUGCGGCACAACCUCUCCCUGAAUGACUGCUUUCUCAAAGUGCUCCGGGACCCGUCGAGGCCCUGGGGGAAGGACAAUUACUGGAUGCUCAAUCCGCAGAGCGAGUACACGUUCGCCGACGGGGUUUUCCGGCGCAGAAGAAAGCGCAUCAGCAAGAAGUUCAGCCUGGAGCCGGAGGUCUCGGAGCCCGUGGAGGAGUCGCAGAUUCCCCACACAGCUGCCCCCACCACCGUGACUGACCCCUGCCCCAGGUUUACCAGCUCGUUUGCUAUUGACAGCAUCCUCAGUAAGCCAUUCAAAAGAGACUUAAACGAGCGGCACUUCCCUCUGAUCCCUGCGUUCAUGUGGCCAUCCUACACUGAACCUCUGCUACGUCACAACGCACCUGCCUUGUUCCCUUAUUAAAGCCCUGUCACCUGGACUCUGCUGCUUUCAGGAUCAAAGAACAUCAGAAACAAAGCAGACUUGUUGUUUCGUGAUGAAACCAGUUACUGUGCACUGAAUGUAGAUACAAGACAGCAAACAAACACAAAGGACAGCUUAAAAAAACCAUUAUGGUUUUGCGGUGACACUUGAACUUCAUAUUUGUUUACCUUCUGUUUGUCUCUUUUUAAAGCUCAAACUGCUGUUUUACUGAGCACAUGUACUUGCUGUAAAUGUUACUGAAUAAACUAUUAACUUUUUAUGUCCAACAAUGGACUUCAAAUGCA